AUGGAACACAGGAGGGCUUCAUUCCCAAGUUUUUCGCGAGGUCGAGACCUACGCCAAAGACGCCGCAUUGGACUUUUGUGUCCUCCAGGAAACGCGUGGGCUUAUGAUGCCAAUUGGAGCACAUCUGACUUCCACUUCAUCCAUUCCGCAGGUCACUCUUCGGAGGACAAGGUCGGUGGCUUGCUGAUUAUGGUGUCGGUGCGGCUGGCCAAAAGCUCAGAUAUCCAGUUCCAUGCAGUUCACCCUGGCAGACUCCUGCGCGUCCGUGUUAAUCGGGCACAUCCCAUCGAUAUCCUCAACAUCUACCAAUAUACUGCUAACGACAACAGGCUCACGCCGGCACGCAGGCAGCAGUACCUCACACGACUUCAAAAGACUCUACGACGCAUCCCCAAUCGACAUGUUCUGAUAGCAGCAGGGGACUACAACACCACUUGUGUUCCUACGGACAAGGUGUGCGGCCCUUGGACUAUGCCUCCGCCGGAGAGACACCAUAAGGAAUCGGGGGACCUCAUGGCCAUCUUCUCGGCUCAUGCCUUAUCAGUGCUCAACACUUGGAACCGCCCUACACACAGGCAGCUCGCUACAUUCACCUUCGGUGACCUCUCUUCCCAGAUCGACUACAUAGUCUGCCGACAAUCGCAGGCCACGAGUCGAGCCAAACAGGCUGAGGUCCUACUCCAGUUCCCGGUAGCAUGCUGGCGCGAAGGUGCUACUCACCACCCCGUACUGGCCCACAUUGACGUCCCAGUCCAAGCACGGCAGCACCAAACAGCUGAGGUUCGGCCUGCUAUUAACGUGCAGCAACUGAUCGAAGAUGUCAGGUCAGCCCAACCUCCAGAAGCACUACGAGAAUUGCGGGGUCGCGUACAGCAGGGACUCUCACAGGCUCAUUGGGCAGAUUUACAACACCUUGAGAAAGACAUCCUCGUCAUGGCAGGUGACCUAUACCCCAAACAGCGGCCUGGUACCACGACACAGGACAAGGCCGUCGAGGAACUGCACACCAAGGCCAGGGUCAUGUGGGGACUGUUCCGAAGCAUGAGGGCCCAACCCUUUACGGUGCAGGGGGUCAUUACGGCCUGGCAACAGUGGGCUACCUUCAGCUGCGCACACCGGGAACACAAAGCCCGGGCCAAAGAACGAAGCAAAGCACGUAAACGUGAUCUCCUUAACACUGCACAGCAGGCAGCUCAGCGGGGAGGCAUGCAUCAAGUUUGGAAAGUGGUCCAGACCCUGGCUCCAAAGAUCAAACGUAAGCCACUCCAGCUCUACAAGGAAGGGAGGAUCAUGGCCCCCGAAGCGGAACUGGAUUGGAUCAUCGAGGCGUUUGGGGAAAGAUAUGGAGCCCGCUCGCCUCCGUGCACCAAACACAUCAGGACUCAGCCUCCUGUACAGGUCUCAGCAGCGGAGGUUUGGCAUCAUCUGGAAAGAUUGCCGGUUCGCAAGGCCGUCCCCAAAGCGGCAGCCCCGUCUGUUCUUUGGAAAGCCUGCUCAGCAGAGGUCGCUCCUUUCAUAGCCCAGCAGGUCAACAGCCAGUGGAGCAGUGAGGAGCUCCAUGUUGAUCAGGACUGGGCCAACGCCACUGUAGCACUUCUUCCCAAACCUAAAGGUAAGAAUGACCGGCCACUCGAUUGGAGGCCAAUUGGCCUCCAGCAUCCGGUUGGAAAGGGGCUGAUGAAGAUCCUGAUCGGCAGGGCGAAGGACCAGAUUCAUGAGAUGGUCUGUCACUGGCCACAGUGCGCGUACGUUCCGCGCAGGAACACAUUUACUGCGCUGAAACGCGUCCUGAAUCACUGCAGGACUGUGAGGGACCAAGCGGCUAGACAUAGACUUAGCAUACAUCAACAGCGCGAAGGAGUCCAGCAAAUCCCCAGCAGCGGGGGGCUGCAAAUAUGCAUGGACCUUACUGCUGCAUUUGACUUGGUCUCUUGGGGUACCAUUCGUGAGGCCCUCGAGCUGGCCCAGGUGGAUCCUUCCACACAGGAGGUGCUUCUGCGAUGGCUCAGUCAGGUCAAGUACAUCUUUCAGCACAAGGACCUUACAAAGGAACUCUGGCCUAGCUGGGGCCUACGUCAAGGCUGCAUUGGAAGCCCCGUUCUGUGGUCAGCCUUCACUGCCCUCCUCUGUCAGGCGCUCGACAAUAGAAUGCACCAAACAUGGAUCUCUGACCAUGCCACGCUCUACGCAGAUGACAGCCACUUGCGGUGGACCUUCCGGUCGGUUGCUCAGUUUGAUCAUGCUAUACAAGAGCUUCGCUGGACCUUCGCGAUCUUCAGGUGCGUCGGGAUGAAGAUCAAUCAGGACAAGACCCAGGCAAUUCUCUCGGUCACUGGGAACAUCAAGCAUAAGAUCCAUAAGCUGUAUGUGCGCAAACAGGGCGGCGUCAGACGGCUGCUGCUAUCCCCGGGUGAUCCAUCACAAUGGAUUCCACUGGUGGACAAGGCGGAGUACUUAGGACUGAUCAUAUCCUAUGACCAAUUUGAGUGGCAAUCCGUUCGGCAUCGAGUUAGUAAGGCUCAUAACCGACGGUGGGCCCUGGCUUCCAUACUGCAUGCCAGGCGAGUUUCAAUACCCUACAAGCUCAGACUCUGGCGAAGUUGUGUGUUAUCCACCAUGAUGUAUGCCUUGCAUUGCCUAUGUUUGCAACCUGGACAACUUCAGUUCAUUCAGCGAGCCAUCAUGAAACAUGUCAGGGCCAUUGCCUCAGACCAAGCCUUCAUCACGGGCAACACACAUGCUGAAGUUUCACGUCGGCACGAGGUUCAGACGGCUCAUGAGCUGAUCAACAAGGCUCACAAUAAUGAAUUGAGGAUCGCGCAACUGGGGGACUGGCUCAUAGAACAUGACUACAACCAGGCUAUCAGCCAAUGCCUACUACAGGAUCAGCUCCAGACAGCGUCGGACUCUGAGGAGGAUCGUGAAGUCUGGGCGUGUCCUGUAUGUCUCGAACAAUUCCCUACCACAGCAGCGCUGAAGGUGCACGCCAGACGCAAACACAAAAUUGUAGAUGCCCCCGCCAAGGUCUUUGACCGCACCAAGCACUCAAUCGCUGGCUUACCUCAGUGCUCUGGGUGUUUGAAAAAGUUCAGCAGGUGGCAAACACUUGAGUGGCAUAUCAAUCAUCAUGCUUGUCCUGCUCUUUCAAAGUCGGACGAGGCCUCAGCCAUAUGUGAAGAGAAUCAGAGGGCCGUGUCGGACAAAGCUAAACCCACUACAGCUACUCCGGCUCCGAGUUCAGACGCAUGCGGUGAUCCCAUGAAUUCCGUUGACCAGCAUCCGCUGAAUAGGCAAACUCCACUCAUACAGCAACAUCAGAUCCAGGAUUUGGUGGAACGAGGACUGGAGGGCGCACCUCCUCAAGUGCACUUCGCUGUGGCAAAUCUCUUUUAUGACUUUGCGGAGGGAGAGAAGGACAACGGCCCGAACAAACGGCGACGGGCCUUCCCGCACAUGCAGGCUCCACCGCACCAGCGCAGCGAUCCAUUGCUGCAUACUUUAGCCAAAACAGUGCUGCGCCAACAAGAAGAAAUCCGUCUACUUCGUCAAGACACAGCAUUGAUAAUCUUCCUGAAACCAGGGCAGGACUCAAUCUUGCACCACCUCUAUCAAGUGGCGGUGCAGUUCAAAGCCAAACAGGAGGCAGAGCCGAUUUGGUCCUUAGGUCAAUUCCCUUUGCGGAUGGUGCUGGCCAACGCCUUAUUUCGGGAGCUCAUCGAGAGACUGAACAAGGUCCUUGCAUCACAGGAGCGGUUGAAGACGGUCAUGGAUCAGGGCUGGCGGGACGACAAAGGAUGGAGGUUUCAGAGCACGACCGCAGCCGUCCGUCCGUACCGGACGAUCAGCUGCUGGACCAUCUGGAAGCUGACGGAAACGAUGACGUCUCCGGCCACGUUCAAGAUGGACAUAUCGCUUCGCAGCCACAGUGCACUGACCAUGUGGGAUACCAUGCGCACACUUCAGGGCAACACGAUCUUCCAGUUGGUGGGGAUGGGCUACAAAACGGAGUCCUUGGGCAGGGGACCGGAGGAGCAAAGGCUCAGAGACAUGGUCUAUGGGCGCCGGUAG